AUGGCAGGCGUUGUCAGCAAAGUGCUCGAGAAGUUGCAUCUCUCCUCUGCGGAGUCUGGUGCCCCGCCUUCAGAACCCAACGCCGAUGACCUCAAAGAGUUGCGAGAAAAGUAUGAAAAGGCUGGCCAAGACCAUGUCUUUGCGUUCUAUGACGAGCUCGAUGUGGCAGGUAAAGCUGCGCUUUUCGAUCAGUUGAAGGGCUUCGACCCCGAUCGUAUCAAUGUGCUUGCCGACAAGGCGCUGUACCCUCCAAAGCAAGAGGAGAGCAAGGCUCCCUCAAUUGAACCUCUUCCCGCCGAAGCGUCUGCGUCCAUCCUCGAGUCCGAUGCCGAGCAGAUUGAGAAGUGGUACAAGGCUGGCCUAGACCUGGUGGCUGAGAACAAGGUUGCGGUGGUCCUCAUGGCUGGAGGUCAAGGUACAAGAUUAGGCAGUUCAGAUCCCAAGGGCUGCUUCGACAUUGGCCUACCGAGCAAGAAGUCGCUGUUCCAACUACAAGGCGAGCGCAUUGCAAAGAUACAAGAGCUAGCACAGAAGCACAAGGGUACAGACAGCACUCCCGCAGUGCCGUGGUAUGUCAUGACCAGCGGACCUACCAGAAAACCUACGCAGAAGUUCUUUGAGGACAACAACUAUUUUGGGUUACCACAGGAAAAUGUCAUUAUUUUCGAGCAGGGUGUCCUCCCUUGCAUCUCUAAUGAGGGCAAGAUCCUAAUGGAGACCAAGUCGAAGGUGGCCGUGGCCCCGGACGGCAACGGUGGCAUCUACCAGGCGCUCAUAAUGUCCGAGGCAAGAGGAGACAUGCGGAAGCGGGGUAUCGAGCACAUCCACGCUUACUGCGUCGACAACUGUCUGGUCAAAGUUGCGGACCCUGUUUUCAUUGGCUUCGCAGCGGCCAAAAACGUCGACAUUGCCACCAAGGUUGUCAGAAAGCGGGCUGCCAACGAGCCUGUCGGAUUGAUUGUGCAGAAGGACAACAAACCCGAUGUGGUCGAGUACUCGGAAAUCGACAAGGAAAUGGCCGAGGCCAAGGACUCAUCUGAUCGCCUGAAGUACCGUGCUGCCAAUAUUGUCAAUCACUAUUACUCCUUCCGCUUCUUCGAGAGCAUCGAGGAGUGGUACAAUAAGCUGCCUCACCACGUCGCCAGGAAGAAGAUCCCCUUCAUGGACACCGAGAAGGGUGAGACAGUCAAACCGGAGAAGCCCAACGGUAUCAAACUCGAACAAUUCGUUUUUGAUGUCUUCCCGUUGAUAGGCAUGGACAAAUUCGCGUGCUUAGAGGUGGACCGCGCAGAGGAGUUCUCGCCGCUUAAGAACGCUCGAGGCACGGGUGAAGAUGAUCCAGACACCAGCAAAAAGGACAUCAUGCAACAGGGAGCGAGAUGGCUGAAGAAUGCAGGUGCCACUGUCAUCAGCGAAGGUGAUGAGACUGGUGUUGAGGUGUCACCACUCAUCAGCUAUGGUGGAGAGGGUCUAGGGUAUCUCGACAACCGCGAGAUCAAGGCACCUGCAGUUAUCGAGAGCAAGGCUGCGCAGUAG